CUGCAAAAAUAUAAAUUAGAAAUAUUACUUAAAAAUGAAAAAGAGUAUGUUUAUGAAUUAUUAUCUGAUUUAAGUUGGUAUCAUGGCAAUAUAGGUAGAACAACUGCUGAGAGCAUGUUAAGAGAAAGGAUAUAUGAGAAUGGAUAUUUUUUAAUUAGGAAUAGUAUAUCAAUUGAGAAUGAACUUGUACUCUCUGUUAUUUAUAAUUGUAACAUUUUACAUAUCCCAAUUAUUCAACAUCAAUUUGGGUUAACUUUUCAGUUAUAUGUUGAAAAUAGUAAAAAUGAAGUAGCAGCUAGUGAAUCCAUCCAGGGCAUUGAAAAAUGUGUUCAACAUUACCAAGAAUUUCAAUCUAUCUUACCUUGCCAAUUGUCUAAAUAUUUUGUAGCUGGUAGACCUCCUCCAUCACAUUUAUGCAAAUUUUCAUUUAAUAGACUGACUCAUAUUUUUUCAUUUUCAGGUGACGAAACUUUGCUACUUGCAAUAUUAAAACAAACAAAACCAAAUUUAAAUGAACUACAAUCUUUAUUAAAUUCAAAGUCUUUAGAUGGAUCUACUGUCUUGCAUUUAGCUGCAAAACAUGGACAUAGAUCUAUUUUUUUUGCUAUAAUUCAAUACAUUUAUUUAUUGCUCAAUGUUAACAAGGCACAACAGACUCCACAAGAAAUAAUGGCUCAUUCUUUUAACAUUAUAUAUGAUAUAUUGAGUGCAAGGGACUCUCUUGGUGAUUCAAUAUUCCAUAUAUUAUGCAAGCAUUCAGAUAUUAUUAUUCUAAGUGCACUUUUAGAUAAACAAAUCUUGAGAGAAUCAUUAAAUUUUGAUAAAAAUUUUGAGGUAAAAGUUAUUACUAAAGAAGACUUUUUGAAAAGGGAUUCUUUUAGUGCCUUACUAUCAAGCAUCUUUAUAAAAUUGCUUCAACAACCCAAUCCUUUUACAGGUAAUUUUCCACUUCAUGAAAGUGCUAUAUGUGGCAAUUUAGAAUGUAUUAAAAUGCUUCUCACUUUUGUCAAAGUUGCUAUUGACCCACGAAAUUUUUCCAAAGAAACUCCUAUGGACUUGGCCAUCAAUAAUGGCCAUACACAAUGUGCGGAUUAUUUAGAACGCUCUCGAAGUCUUAAGAGAACAGAAUAUAAUGUCCAACUAAAAUCCCAUACCCAAAACAGUAUUAAUAAUAAGGGCCUUAAUAAUAAAGAAACGAAUGAAACUUUUCAUAUCUCUUCAAACGGAAAUAACAUCACAAACGAUAUUAAUCCAUUUAGUUUUCACGGGAUCGAUAGAUUGAAGGCUGAAGAUAUUUUGAACUCUCAAAAUGGGGAAAAUGGAACGUUUCUUAUUCGUACAACAUCUGACAGCACACAACGUGAUAUGUGUGAUCACGCGCUUAGCUUGAGUUACGAAGGAAACGUGUUUCAUUUUAGGAUAGAAUUUUCGUUCAACUAUUACAGCAUAGAAGGCGGUCCUCUGUUCGCGAACUUUAAGGACAUAAUAGAUCACUACAGCCGAUUCUCUGAUGGGCUUCCUUGUCCUCUAACUAACCAAAUUACCGGCACCUUCUCAAAUGUAUCAAAAUGUUUAGCCAACGAUUCACCAAAUAUUUUUGAAAAUAUUGAAACUAACCAAACAAAUUUGCAAUUAAAAUCUAUUGAUGUCAAAAAUAAUGCAACCGAAUCUAUCAAUCAUAAAAGAAAUUUUAAGGUUUAUUCAGAGAAUUCGGCAAAUAUUGGUGCAUCGGCAAUUAUUAAUCGUGGCAUCCACAAUAUAUCGAUUCAAAAUAGUGGUGAAGAAAGGGCGAGAAAUGGAUUUAAAUUUACACCAGUAACUGUUUAUAAAGACCCGAAUAUAUUAGAGGAUAAUCUUGAAAAUACCGAAAGCAUAUCAAUCAAAAAUAAUGGUUCAAAAUCACAGGCCGAUAAGAAGAGGAGCCAUUUUUUCAAAGAUAUAGAAUGUCGAAAUAUAGAAGCCAGAAAUUUGAAAUUGGAUUGUGAAAUAGGUAGCGGAGAAUUCGGUUCCGUUUUCAGGGGUAAAAUAUGUGUCGGUAAAGCGAAUUGGUCACCCGUGGCUAUAAAGACGCUUCACCCGGAUUACUAUCCUGCGGAUAAAGAAAACUUUUUGAGUGAAGCUAAAGUCAUGACAGAAUUGGUUAACGAUCACAUAGUUAAAUUCUUAGGCAUUUGCACUUCGGCCUCCUCCAUUAUGAUGAUACAAGAAAUAGCCGAAUUUGGCUCCCUUUGGGAUUACAUUCCUGCCAAUGUCUCAAAGAUAAAUGUUGGCUAUGAUUUUCCAAAUUGGGCGUUUCAAAUAGCUAAGGGCAUGAGUUACUUAGAAUCAAAGCAUUUCGUACACAGGGAUUUGGCUGCCAGAAAUAUUCUAGUGUUUACUCACGAAAAAGUGAAAAUAACCGAUUUUGGAUUAUCAAGGGUAUUAGCUCUAGAUAGCAAUUAUUACAGAUCAACCACUGGUGGCAAAUGGCCCAUAAAAUGGUAUGCCCCAGAAUCGAUUAAUUUCGGGAAAUUUUCACACUUAAGUGAUAUAUGGAGUUAUGGAGUAACUUCAUGGGAAAUAUAUUCUUUUUCUUCUCCCCCUUACGACGAAAUGUCAGGAUUGCAAGUUAUAAAUUCCAUCGAAAAAGGCUACAGACUACCAAAGCCGGAUAAAUGCGAAAAGGAAAUAUACGAUAUUAUGUUGAAGUGUUGGUCAGCCAGAAGUUCGAACAGGCCUACCUUUUCACAACUAACCCAUUUUUUUGAGCAAAGAUUAAGGAUAAAAUAAACUAUCUCUAAUGAAAAAAAUAAUCAUAAAUGCAAGCAUUAAACAAAAUUAGAAUCUCAUAAAUUAUUAAGAUAAUCUUUCCAUUAUUAUUUUAUAAAAACGUUUCCAUUGCAUUUUAAUAUUAAUUUGUUACUAACCAACCAUCACACCAAUAAUUUAUAUAUAUUUUUAAUUUAAAAAAAUGACGCAUUUUUUUAAAUUUAACUUUUAACUAGGACUUGAUUAUUACGUUA